GUUCUUUCACUUCCAUCAUGUUGCUUCAUGUUCUGCUCCUCCUUCAUGCAUCAGGAGGAGCUUCUUCCUCCAUCUCGUGUUACGAUGAUCAGGGGAAACCUGUAGACUGGUUUUACUUGUACAAACUCCCACAUCCUCAUCAUGAGCCUGUGCAGGAGGGGCUGAAGUAUCUUUUCAUGGAUGGAGAGAGUGAAGGAUGGAUGGAUGGGAAGACUUUAGUUAAUGACAGUCAAAGUGCUGUUGGUCGAACAGUAGGACCUUUAUAUGAGGGUGGUGAUGUUGGAUACAUUUUAUAUAAUGAUCAGCCACCGCAAAAACAGAAGCUUUUUGGAGAUGCAACCAGGUCUUGUGGCCACACCAAAGGAGUUGUUGUCUUUGAUAAACAACAAGGCUUCUGGUUGGUCCACAGCACGCCUCAUUUCCCCCCUCCUAAAUCACAGGGACAGUUUUCAUACCCCGCUUCUGGCAUAAGUAAUGGACAGAACUUUAUCUGUGUCACAUAUCCUUUUGAGCGCUUUCAGACCAUAGGUACGACUCCCAAUGCAUUUAAUAAAUUAGUGAUGUUAGGAAAUCUUAAAUUGCAUUAUCAAGCUCGACAAUCCACUCUCAGGUCUGUUACCAAGAAACCAACACUGCACGAGCUGCUGAUGAAUGGGACGUCUGGCAGCUGGGUCUGUGUAGGAGAUAUCAACCGCGACGAGGCGGAGGAGAAGAGAGGCGGGGGUACGGUGUGCCGUCAGGAUGCUGCGGUGUGGAAGGCCUAUCGCUCAGCCGCCCUGCAGUGUGAGACCUGCAGUGGAGAAGUGCAGACGUGCGACAAAUCCGCACAGUAUCGCUGAUGGAGCAGGACACAGCAGAAAGAACAACAAAAUCAGGAUCAUGCAGAAGGACUGCCUGUGUAGGUGUCAAACAGGUACACUCUAAAAAAUGCUGGAUUGUUUCAACCCAACUUUGGGUCAAAUAUGGAC